AUGGACAGCGAGGAUACUGGUCCCGACCCUCCCAAGAGAGAUGUGCGCAACCACUACCUCUUUGAGAUUGCUACCGAAGUCGCCAACCGAGUCGGUGGUAUCUACUCCGUGCUCAAAUCUAAAGCUCCGGUCACUACAGCUGAAUAUGGCGAUCGAUACACCCUGAUCGGCCCUCUGAACCGGGCCUCCGCAGCCGUGGAGGUGGAGGAGCUGACUCCCUCGAACCCCCGCAUGGUGGAGACCAUGAACUCCAUGAAGGAGCGUGGCAUUGAGAUGGUGUAUGGUCGCUGGCUGAUCGAGGGUGCUCCCCGUGUUCUCCUCAUCGAUACAGGAACUGGAUACAAGUACCUGGAUGAGUGGAAGGGCGACCUCUGGAAUACAUCCGGUAUCCCGUCUCCGGCGUCGGAUACGGAGACCAAUGAGGCUAUUGUCUUCGGUUAUCUGGUGGCAUGGUUUUUGGGAGAAUUUAUCGCUCACGAACGCCGACGUGCUGUAGUUGCUCAUUUCCACGAAUGGCUUGCCGGCGUUGCCCUUCCUCUAACCAAGAAGAGGCACAUGGACUUGACCACUAUCUUCACGACUCACGCAACCUUGCUUGGUCGGUAUCUUUGCGCAGGGUCUGUCGACUUCUACAACAAUCUACAGCAUUUCGAUGUGGACGCCGAGGCUGGCAAGAGAGGCAUCUAUCAUAGGUACUGCAUCGAAAGAGCCGCCGCGCACAGCGCAGACGUCUUCACUACAGUCUCACACAUCACUGCAUUUGAGAGCGAGCAUCUGCUCAAGCGCAAACCGGACGGGGUGCUCCCCAAUGGAUUGAAUGUCAAGAAGUUCGCUGCAGUGCAUGAGUUCCAAAACUUGCACUCCCAGGCCAAGGAGAAGAUCAACGACUUCGUCCGCGGUCACUUCUAUGGCCACAAUGACUUUGAUUUGGACAACACACUCUACGUCUUCACGGCAGGUCGGUAUGAAUUCCGGAAUAAGGGAGUGGAUAUGUUCAUCGAGGGCAUGGCUCGGCUCAAUCAUCGCCUCAAAGCUAGCGGGUCCAAAACGACGGUUGUGGCCUUUAUCAUCAUGCCCGCGCAGACAUCGUCGUUGACCGUGGAGGCCCUCAAGGGUCAAGCUGUCGUCAAGUCAUUGCGAGACACCAUCGAGAUGAUCGAAAAGAGCAUCGGAAAACGAAUGUACGAGCGUUGUCUGGCCUGGAAAGAAGGCGACAACAUGCCUGACGAGAAGGACCUGAUCACAAGCCAAGACCGUGUGCUGCUGCGUCGGAGACUCUUCGCCAUGAAGCGACACGGACUGCCUCCCAUUGUGACCCACAAUAUGCUCAACGACCAUGAAGAUCCGAUUCUCAACCAAAUUCGUCGGGUCCAGCUUUUCAACUACCCCACGGACCGCGUCAAGAUCAUCUUCCAUCCGGAGUUCCUGAACUCCUCCAACCCUGUCCUGCCUCUGGAUUACGACGACUUUGUCCGUGGUACCCAUCUGGGAGUCUUCCCAUCGUACUACGAACCUUGGGGCUACACUCCUGCAGAGUGUACCGUGAUGGGCGUUCCAAGCAUCACCACCAACUUGUCCGGUUUCGGCUGCUACAUGGAGGAAUUGAUUGAGAACUCCUCCGACUAUGGAAUCUACAUUGUGGACCGUCGCAUGAAGGGCGUUGAUGACUCUGUCAAUCAGCUGACUGAGUUCAUGUUCAACUUUACCCAGAAGAGCCGGCGACAGCGCAUUAACCAAAGGAACCGCACAGAACGUUUGAGUGACCUACUCGAUUGGAAGCGUAUGGGUUUGGAAUAUGUCAAAGCCAGACAGCUGGCUCUAAGAAGAGCCUACCCUUCAUCGUUCGAUGGUGCCGAAGACUAUUUCGAUGUUAUUGGAGGAACAGAGCAGAAGCUUUCGCGUCCAUUGUCAGUCCCCGGGUCUCCUCGGGAUCGAUCUGGAGUGAUGACUCCGGGUGAUUUUGCUACCAUCCAGGAAGUCAAGGAGGGCCUCGGCACCGAGGACUACGUUGCAUGGCGUUUACCUACUAGCGAAGAGGAAGAGCCUGAUGACCACUACUUCCCGCUCACUCUACGGACGAAGAAGUCUGCGGACCGACCUUCGUCGCCGCUGGAUAGCAUCCCCGUCAACGGUGGCCGCUGA